AUGUCAUGCCGCGCUAAAAUCGUGUUUAUCUUUCAGGAUGCUACACCAAAACUUAUGGUGACUUGUGAAGGUUCGAAAGAUUCCGUAUUUCGUGAUCGCAUAGCGAAUGUUCUGGAUGAGAACUUAUUAUCGAAGGAGACUAGAGAAGCUAAGGCUAUGCUGGACAUCGAACACGUGGACAGCAGCGAUGUGGCGUGUGUAUGUUACACUUCGGGUACAACAGGUCUGCCGAAGGGUGCAAUGCUGACCCAUGGUUCGUUGUCAUCAAACGCUGAGGCUCUCGUUGAUGCAUGGAGGUUCACCGAAAACGACAGGUUGCUUCAUAUGCUGCCGUUUUACCAUGUUCAUGGCAUGUUUAUUUCGCUGAAUUGUUCAUUGUUUUCACACUCGACUGUAAUCUGGAGAGAUCGAUUCUCGCUUGACGAUUGCGUGAAAUGGUUACCAUCAACAACAGUGAUGAUGGGAGUACCAACUUACUACAGUCGGCUUCUGUCGUCUCCAAGCUUCAAUGGUAGUCUACUGCAGCAGUUACGCCUUUUCGUCAGUGGUAGUGCACCGCUGUCAACUCCUGUGUGGGAAGAAUUCAAAUCCAGAACAGGACAUGCCAUUUUGGAGCGCUAUGGCAUGACUGAAGCCCAAGUCAUCUGUUCACAUCCAUACGACGAUCGUAGACCUGGGAGUGUUGGAAAACCGGUCGGAGAUACGAAGCUCCGGAUAAAUAAAGCUGGUGGAAUCGAAAUACAGGGCUCAUCGCUUUUUGCUGGUUAUUGGAAAAAUCCAACGAAAACUGCUCAGGAGUUCACUGCUGAUAAGUACUUCAUCACCGGUGACUUGGGUGCUGUCGAUGAAGAUGGUUUCCUGCACAUACUCGGUCGUGGCAAGGACCUCAUUAUUACUGGCGGAUUCAAUGUCUAUGCCAAGGAAAUCGAGGAUCGUAUCGAUAGACUUCCGGAUAUCGGAGAAUCGGCUAUCAUUGGUGUACCACACAAGGAUCUCGGCGAAGUAGUUGUUGCUGUGGUCAAGGUGAAUAGCUCGAAGCCAAUAAAUGAAGAAGAAAAGGAGCGAGAAAUCAUCUCUUCAUUGAAGGAUGUGCUCGUCAAAUACAAGGUGAUGUGUUCAGAGCGUAUAUCGACAUCUGCGUUCUUUGAGUGGGAUACUGUAGCGAGCAAAACCAAGCUUACGAUUAGGAACAAGCUCAUGUUAGGGGAGACGACCAAUCUGAUCGCUGACUAG